AUCCUUCUCAAGGUUUCCCGGUCCAAUUUUUAGGGUCGUCUACGUUUUUUGGGUUUCAAGCUAUCAUCGUUCUCCCACUCUCAUUUUUUGAAGCCUUUACUACCUUCUUCUACGACGACUGGUAUCCGGAAACAUGUUACGUUUCAGCUUCUGCUUGUCUGCUUCCGUUUCAGAUUAGGGUUUGUGCUCUGGUAUUUUUUGCCACUCUGUUGGUGGGUCGGUCAGCAUGCGACUGCCAUGAGCCUGCUUUAGGUUCGCUCCUCUGCUUCCGUUUCAGAACAGAGCAGACGGCUAUGCUCCGAGUAGAGGAGACGGCGGCCAUGGACGUGAGAGUUCUCCACCGAGCUCUGGAGUGGCUCAGGCCCUUCGUGGAGACAAUGGAGUGGGAGUACGUGGCCGUCUUGAAGCUCGGCGAUGAUCCUUUGAAGUUCAUUCAGUGGGUAUGGUGUUGCUGCAGCAGGUUUAGAUGCGGCGAUGUGGAGGAGGAGAAGAAGGAAUCGUACGGACAUCUAGCUCCGCUCUGCGGAGACGGAUACUGUAAGCACUUGGUGCGCAGCAGAGCCUGCGAGGCGCUCUCUCAGCUCCCUUCUCUCAUGCCACUCUACUCCGGGAUUCGUGGAGAAGUCGUGAUAUUGGACCAACACAGAUGGAUCCGCCUUGCAGUCUCCGCAGAUUCAAAUUCCUCGCAGCAGGAAUCGGCAGGGACCCGGGUAUUGAUCCCUGUUGCCGGAGGCAUUGUCGAGCUGCUGGAGAUGCCCCUUUUGAAUCUUGGUGCCAUUGCUUGUCGAUUAACAGGGCCUGCAUGCUCUGAGCAUGCUAGCUCUUUUGCUUGGCCAAUUUCAUCAGGAAGGCAUCUACCAGGAUCCAGUGGACAGAGUCGGGGACAAAGCUUUCCUUUUUGCUAACUGGUGGUAGUUGUCUAAACAGUUGUAUAGGGUACGUAAGUGUACACAGCUGAAAGAGAAGCGGAGUGAAAAGGCAUAUAAUCUAAGUCGCAUGGUGAGGGGCAGAAUCAACUUUUAUGGGCUGGAUGCUUCAUCUUAUUUAACGACAAAAAUCCGUAGAAAAGAGGAGGGAGAAAAGAGAACAAUGAAAGGCAGGGAGCAUUUUGUUUAUAAGUAGUACGACGUAAUCAUUAUUUUAAUGGAAAAUAUCGUCAUGCAUUUCGAUUUA